AUGGCAGAAUUACCAACAGUAGUCUCCACCAGUCCUUUCCCAUCUUACAAUGAUAUAUGGGAAGGAAAUGCUAAUUCCACAAUCGCCUCAGCAGCCCCGACAGGCUCCACAUCGGCUUCUACAGCUGCAAAUGUUGUGGGUGGAAGUUCUGUCGCCACACUGUCCGUCACUGCUCCAGUCGUCACGCCACUACCGAGUUUCGACAACGCUUUCCUCUUAAGGAACGCUGAUCUGUUGCGACAGUUACAGCAGCAACAGCAAAGAGAUGAGAUGCUGCAAAGUCUCCGAACAAACUUGUUUACCAGUGCUUACUCAGGGGGAAACCCUGUCUCCAUCGGUCCUUUUGCUUCUGGAUCUCUGGUAAGUUCUAUGAUCUCUACUUCUGUACCACAUGUUACACAAUUCUCAUCCGUAACAAGUGCUCCGAUGAAUAACGGUCUAAACGACCUGUUUCUCCAGGGAUCUCUGGGAUUAAACCCCCAAGACCAAGAGUUGCUCAUGCCAUAUCAUCCCACGUCUAUGACGUCGCAGUCAAAGUUCACGCUACGGAUUGUCAAUGCUCCACUCCCAGCUAAGCUGAAGAUGCCUCCCACGUUAAAAUUUUACGACGGUACGUCCGACCCGGACGACCACAUGUUCGCAUUUGCCGGAGCAGCUAAGGUCGAGCAAUGGCCAAUGCCGGCUUGGUGUCUUAUGUUCGCCCAAACUCUCACCGGAUCGGCUAGAGUUUGGUUCGAUGGGUUGCCGGAGGGGUCGAUCGAUCACUUCGAGGACUUCCGACGUAUAUUCUUGCAAAACUUUUGUCAGCAGCGUCGCUGCAAAAAAGAUAUUACUGAGGUACACCACAUCAAGCGCCGCGACGGAGAGUCCGUAGAAGAUUUCAUAGACCGUUUCAACCGAGAAAGUAUGCAGAUAAGUGGAGCAGUAGACCAGCUCCGAGUAUCGGGUUUCUGUCGUGGUGUACGGAACAAUCAAUUGGUGGAAAAACUUCACGAAGAUCUCCCAAAGACCAUGGAGACGCUCAUGGAACGGGCUCGAGCUUUUGUUCGAGGGAAGAGUGCCUGCGGCCAACCGAACGAAGCAACUGCUAGGAGCUCCAAAGCCCGAACCACGUCAUGGAGACGGAACGCAUCGCCACCAAAAGAUAGGAGCAGUAAUUGGAACAGAAACCGUGGUCCGUAUCAAAAAUCUGAUCGAAGCAGUUUCCGAACAGGAAACGUGCGAUUCAACAGUUUCUCUGAAUUAUCAAAAUCACCGAGCGAAAUUCUCAGCACGGAAAACACUCGAUUUCCUACGCCAUCAAAGCAACGGCCUACCUCAGAUAAGCACUCCAAGAAAUAUUGUGAAUACCACCGCGACAAAGGCCAUACAACCGAUGAAUGUUGGGCUUUAAAGCAAGAAAUCGAAAAGGCCGUCCGAUCCGGUAAACUCUCACAUCUUGUAAAGGAAGUAAAAGAUGGAAAGAAGCCAGCAACAGUGGUUGACAAUCCGAACACCGAACCAGGAAUCAAUAUGAUCCGGUCAGUAGAACCGAGAGGAGUUAAACGAUCGAACCAACAUAUGGCAGCAUGGAUGCGUCAGCCGAUGUAUUUUCCUCCGGUCGAUCCCGAAGAUGCUCGGGACGGACCGAUCACAAUUUCAGCUGUUGUCGCCGGGCACAUGGUCCGACGUAUUUACGUAGAUGGGGGAAGCGCCUUCGAGAUCAUGUAUAUCCAGUGUUUCCAACAGCUGAAUCCCCAAACAAAAAGGAAGCUGAUCGAAGUAUCUACCCCAUUGAUAAGCUUUUCAGGAGAAGUAGUCCGUCCGAUAGGACAAAUUACUCUUCCAACCACAUUCAAAGAAGGUAGCAAAAGUCGGACGGUGCCACUAACCUUCCUUGUUGUUCGAACUCAUUCUUCUCACAACAUAAUACUUGGGCGCCCCGGAUUGCGAGCUCUAGGAGCAAUCAGUUCGACAAUACACGGAGCUAUUAAGUUCCCUACCGAAGCCGGAGUCGCAACCAUCUGUUCAGAGUCGAAUUCAUUGGUCGCCGAAGUAAGACAUACAGCCGAAACGAGCUCUAAGAAGUCUGAAGUACCUACCGAGCUAUGGGCAAUCAACCCAGACUUCCCCGAACAACAAGUGGCUAUCGGGGCUCAGCUCCCAAAACGAACAAAGAAACUUUUAUGGGAAUUGCUAAGUAACUCGAUAGAUGUCUUUGCGUGGCAGCAUUCUGAUAUGCAGGGAGUCCCCAGAUCGAUGGCACAACAUCACCUGAAUGUAAAAGAUUCAGUCAAGCCAAUAGCACAAAGAAAGAGACACAUGGCACCGGAUCGAGCAAAAGCCAUAGCAAAAGAUGUUAAAAGUCUCCUAGACGCGGGAAUCAUUCGGGAGGUUCGGUAUCAAACAUGGGUAUCAAACCCCGUGAUGGUACAGAAAAAAGAUAACUCAUGGAGAAUGUGCAUCGACUUCACCGAUCUAAACAAUGCGUGCCCAAAAGAUUGUUUCCCUCUCCCAGAGAUCGAUGAGAAGAUCGACUCCGUUGCAACAUUCAGGCUAAAAUGUUUUUUGGACGCUUACAAAGGCUAUCACCAAAUACAAAUGGCGGUCGAAGAUGAGGAUAAGACGGCCUUCGUCACCAAUGAAGGGGUGUUUUGUUUCAAAAAGAUGCCGUUCGGCUUGAAAAACGCCGGUGCUACGUACCAGCGCCUGAUGAACAAAGCUUUUAAGGACCAGAUCGAACGAAACGUAGAGGUGUACGUCGAUGACAUCGUGAUAAAAAGCCAUGAUGAGGCCGCCAUGCUGAAAGAUAUACUCGAAACAUUUACUCGGCUCCGAAGCAUUAACAUGAAGUUGAAUCCGAAAAAAUGUACAUUCGGGGUGGAAGAAGGCAAGUUCCUCGGGGUCAUGGUUGGGUCAAAAGGCUUACGAGCCAACCCCGACAAAAUUGACGCCGUUCUUACAAUGAAGCCCCCGACGUCAGUUAAAGAAAUUCAGUCCUUAAACGGACGAUUAGCUGCUCUCCAUCGCUUUUUAUCAAAAGCUGCAGACCGAUCGCUCCCAUUCAUGGACGUUCUCAGAAAAAGCUUUAGAUCGGAGUUUAAAUGGACGGGAGAGGCCGCGCGAGCUUUUGAAGAACUUAAAGAAUGUUUGGGCACCUUGCCAACCCUCACCGUACCAGAAGAAGACGAAGUAUUAACGGUGUAUUUAGCUGCAUCAUUCGGAGCCAUCAGCGCGGUAUUAGUUGCUCACCGAACGGGGAAACAAAUCCCCAUUUACUAUGUAAGCCGAACGUUGAAGGAUUACGAAACAAGAUACUCAAACUUGGAAAAAUUAGCCUUGGCCUUAGUCCAUGCUUCAAGAAGGCUUCGUCGAUAUUUUCAGGCCCAUCCAAUCGAGGUACGAACGGACCAAAGAAUCCAACACGUUCUCAGACGACCCGAGGUCUCAGGCCGAAUGGCGAAGUGGGCAAUUGAGUUGGGCGCAUUCAACAUUACCUUCCGAACCAAAGGUCCGUUAAAAGGACAGGUGAUAGCUGAUUUUUUGGUCGAAAUACCGGAAGAGAAAGAAACUGAGGGGGCAGGUAAAGCUCCGGAGAAGCCAUGGUCUUUAUAUACCGAUGGUGCCUCUAGUGCCGAAGGGUCAGGAGCGGGCCUAAUUCUCACCGACCCAGACGGAACGGAUGUAACGUAUGCGCUCCGGCUAGAAUUCAAAAGUUCCAACAACGAGGCCGAAUAUGAAGCUCUCCUGGCCGGCCUACGCCUAGCACAAAAAGUCGGAGCCAAGAAUGUUGUGGCCCAUGUAGACUCGCUGCUCGUAGCAAAUCAGGUAAAUGGAGAGUACGAAGCGAGGGAGCCAAACAUGAUCGAAUAUCUCGAGCAAGUAAGGCAAGCAAUGGCUUUGUUCGAAGCAUGUAGGGUCGAACAUAUCCCCCGAAGCAAAAACAAAAAAGCGGAUGCACUAAGCAAGUUGGCAUCAGUGUCAUUCAGCCACUUGGCCAAAGAAGUAAGAGUGGAAGUUUUAGCUACACCGUCAAUCGCAGCUCCGCAAGUAAUGCAAGUUGAAGUUCCAUCACAAACAUGGAUGACGCCAAUAAUUAAUUAUUUGGUGCAUGAUGUUCUGCCAACUGACAAAGCGGAAGCAAGAAAGGUCCAGAUCAACUCCCUCCAGUAUCAGAUGCAGGAAGGAGGCUUAUACCGAAAGACCUUUCUCGGACCAUUGCUAAAGUGUCUGGAUCCGGAGCAAGCUAGUUACAUCAUACGGGAAAUACACUAUGGCAUCUGCGGUAUCCAUGCCGGGCCCAAAAUGAUCGUAACAAAGGUAAAAAGCGCAGGGUAUUACUGGCCCGGAAUGCACGAAAGCGCCGUGAAAGAGCUCCAGCAAUGUGACGAAUGUCAGAGGCACGCACCUAUCAGUCUCCGAGCUAAAAAUGAAAUGAUUCCAGUAACCGCCGCCUGGCCCUUUCAAAAAUGGGGCGUCGAUAUAGUCGGACCUUUCCCGAGAUCGAGCGGAAGUGCACAAUACCUGUUGGUUGCAGUGGAUUAUUUUACUAAGUGGGUAGAAGCUCGUCCAUUCACAACCAUCUCCGGCUAUAACGUGACACGAUUUUUCUGGGAACAAAUAGUAUGCCGAUUCGGCCUGCCGCUCUACAUCAUAAGCGACAAUGCAAAACAAUUCGCGGAAAAUCCCUUCAAACGGUGGUGUGAAAGUUUAAAAAUCAACCAAGUUUUCUCCUCGGUUGCUCACCCCCAGGGCAACGGGCAGGUGGAGCAGAUUAAUCGUCGCAUCGUUGAUGGCAUAAAAAGAAGGUUAGGACAGGAAGGAAAAGGCUGGGCGGAUGAAUUACCGAACGUCUUGUGGGCGCACCGAACAUUGCACAAAACUAGCAACGGUGAAACACCGUUCAGCCUGACCUACGGAACUGAAGCAGUGAUUCCGGCCGAGAUUGGACUCCCAAAUCAAAGGCACAAGAAUUGGGAAGAAAACGAACGCGAACUCCGAUCCAACCUUGACCUACUGGAAGAGCGCCGAAACAUAGCCGCAAUCAAAGAGGCUCGGUACAAGGAAAAAAUCGAGAAGUAUUACAAUGCACGGGCUAAAAUCUACAAGUUUAAAGUCGGAGACUACGUGCUCCGAAACAACGACGCAAGUCGCGUCGAAGCCCCCGGCAAACUUACCCCAAAGUGGGAGGGGCCAUACCGAGUCAAGGAAGCCAGUGAGAAGGGCUCGUAUGUGCUAGAAAAGCUUGACGGAACCCCAGUGCCUCGAACAUGGAAUGGGGUACACUUAAAAAAGUGCUUCAUGUAA